UGGACGUCUAUCCAUCAACCAAAAUGGCGACGCUUCUUCGUCAAGAUAUUCUCUCCAAGACUCCAAUACCUCAAGAGGAAAGUCCUCUCUUUUCCAAGCUCCCAGGAGAAGUCAGAGACAGCAUCUUCUCUUAUGUCCUCACGGAUCACCCAGACCCGACACCAACCAAGAAGUUCAGAGAAAACACAUGCUACACUCGCCCUUCUUACUUAGCAGCUCAAUCAACCGAUACCAGACUUCUUCGCACAUGUCGCGCUAUUUACCGCGAAACUUGGUUCAAGCCAUUUCUCCUACGAGAACACACAGAAUGGGCAACAGGUGAAGAUCGUGCCCCUCCACCUGGUAAAGCCCCCCCACGCCUGGGACCUAUGCUCGCAAAGAUUGCCAGAUCUCUCGGCACAGACAAUGUCGAGAUUGAGAGAUUGAGAGUCUUCGCUCAGAUGUACAGACUUGAGGAUGGCAGUCUUCAAGAUAUCUUGUAUACACCUCACCUGGCUCCUCGCACCGUAACGCUCACCAUUCGUCACACUGAUUGGUGGAAUUGGGAAAAUGACGAGCCUCUGCACUUUGAGGGAAACUGGAUCGAGGGCGUUUGUGAAGUGCUAACUCCAAGCACGACUCAAUUUUGCAUUGAACUAGAGUCGUUGGAGCGGAAGAAGGACCAGAUCGACAAGAUUGCUAAGCAGAUGGUUGAUGAAUGGUUCUUCAAACGACCCGAUGGUGUUAUUCUCUACGCGGAUACCUCAGAUGCCAAUCGAAAAGUCAGCCGAUGGAGCGGUUCAAGCACUUGGCACGGUCAACGCUGGAUCCGAGAUGAAACAGAACCCAACAAACUUGACUACUACAUCGUCUCCAUAAUAUUCCGUCCUCUAAUCUCAAUCGAGCGAAGCGGUGGCUCCAUCAGCGAAAAAGCAAUCAAGGGAGCACAGGGUCCUUUUGCCCUGGAUCGUCCCAAACUCAUGCUUCCAGACGACCAGGAGAGAAUCGAAACCGAGAACCCAUAUGAGUUUGUUUCUGAUUCAGAUGACGAUGAAUCAGAUGGAAUCCCGCAGCCAGAUUCGGAUAAUGAUGAGUGGUAUGCGCAAAUGGAGGAGAUGUAUGGCAAUGGUCGAUUUAUGCAAGGGCUGUAUACCAACCGCCCCGAGUAGUGUAAAUUGAGUUAUCAGCUACCUUAUUUCGUAAAUAUACUCUGUCAAACAGUGGCUGUCUAUGAUCUUGUCUAGUAAUGCUCUAAUAUGCCUCGUUUCAG